GUAGAGGCUCUGGUCCGUAAACGGGGAUCGUCUUCAUAUAUGGGGAUCGUCCUAGUUUACAAGGACUGAUGUGAGGAUAUAGCUCAGUUUUGAUCUAAGUCACGAUUACUGUCCUUGUAAACUGGGACAAGCAUCCCUAAACUGAGACAAACCUUGAAUAUAGAGACUGUCCCCAAAAAUGAAGACGCUCGAUUGUGCGCUGAAAAUUACGGAUCAGUUGUCUUGGUAAACAAGGACACAAAGCCGUAAACUGAGACAGUCUCGAUUUUCACGGAUGGUCUCUGUUUUCUGAGACGGCGAUGCCCGAGUCCCCUUUAUUCACCACAAGUGUCUGCUUAAAUGAAGACGCUGGCUUCAGAAUUGAGACAGUCUCAAUUUUCUGGUAAAGUCCUUGUUUUCUGGGACAUUUUCACCUCCGAGGCAGAUAGUACAUGCCCAUGUACUGACUUUUGUGUACUAUGAUUUCAAUGUGUAGUGAAUGCGUGUACAUGUGCCAUUGUUAGUUUGCUUGCUAUUUGUGCAUUGGCAUUGCGUUUCACAUACAAAGGAUCGGAAGGCUGAUCGAGGAAAAUCGAAAUUUGAUUUCUUCUUUUUCUUUUAUUUUAGUGAUAGAUCCAUUCAGACAAUUUUGUUCCCAUAACAAGACUCAAAAUGCCUAAAUUGCGUUUGCAGCAUCAUUCCCGCCACCAAUCACGUGACAAAGGGAAAUAUAUGAGGAAAUGUGGAAGCGUAUGCCAUGAUGACAAUGAAAACUUUGACUUUUUAUGGGAAGUUGCUACGGGAUCUAAGACACAUUUGAAAAGGCUGUCCUCAGAGGCAAAGGAAAUUCUUAUUGACAGAGGACACAUUAAGAAAUGGACUAAAUACAUAUGUGACAGUUGUGUUUCAAAGGGAACACAGCAAGAUCAAUGUCAUAACUAUACUGAUCAAGAACCAAGUAACAGUUGUCAAAAUGAAACUGAAGUAGAAAACAAAAAUGCAGACACAUUAUUUGAUGAAAACACAUUUGAGAAAAUGUGUGAAAUCGUUGGCAAGGACUUUGAAUCAGUUUUGAGAGUAGAUAUUUCUAAUCUGUAUAAAAAGAGAAAUUAUUCACUUGAAGAACUGUUAGAGCAUGACCCAAAGAAUUGGCUCAAGGAACGCCCAAAAGAGCUUCUUUGUCUGUUGAAACUCCUGUGCAACCUUGAUGAUGUCAAAUUUGAUGACAAGAAAGCUUACCUUCUUUCCAAACUCAUUGAACAGAUGUAUCACUUGAGAAACACACAUCUUCUGCUUCCUCUCUCACUUCGUGAAAAUAUCUUGUUGUAUUCAAUGACAAGCAGCAGAAAGGCCACUAACUUUGUCAACAGUGUAGGACCGUCAGGCUCAUACACAACAAUUUUGCGGUGUCUGGAUGGUUCAGCGGAUGAUCCUAUUGAAGUUCCCAAGGGUGUUUGCCGAAUUUCAUUUGACAACAAUCAGGUGGUUGGCAAGACUUAUGUUGUUAGCGGUGACAACAAAGUCCCAUCCAGUGUUAUGUGCACCACAGCUUACAUGACCCUUGAUUCGAUUGACUCAGAUGUACAAUCCAAUGAAAACUUGAAGCCAGACAAAUGGAUGGGGAAUGGAAUUACAGAUGAACAGAGGAACAACAUGCUUGUGUUUACUGAAAAAUAUGAUGAUCAGUUCAGAAAAAGUAGGGACAUCCACAUAGGAAAGAAUAUUUGUGAAGUUAUGGGCGAGGUGUCAGAACAGAGAGUUGAUAAAAUUGAUGAAUAUGCAGACAAACUAAAAAAUGUUGAAAAUGAGAAAGUGUGUAUAGAGUGCGGAGCUCCAAAUGACAAAGCUUACAGAGUGUGUAGGAACUGCCAAGGACAACUGACCACACCUCCAAAUGUUGAUUUCUCAGAUUGUCACAAUGACAAUACACCAUGUGACCCAUAUUCGGCCUUCGCAGCAAUUGAGACAAAUGAUAAUACUGCAACUGUGUGUCCUGGAGAACCCUACUUUGUAAAUCCAAACAGUUACAGCACAAUUGUAGAGGUUAUGCGAAAUAUUGGACGCCAUGCAGGUAUUGUAGAAUAUGGGGGGAAAGAACGUCAUUGGCUAUAUUUGGAAUGUGAUGGCUUGCCCUAUAAAAUUAUGAGGGAUAUCAUAGACAACGUCUGGAUAUGUACGAAUUGCAAUCGAUCUUUUUAUGGAGCAGAAGAACUUGAGAGUCACAUGUGUAACAUACUUGGGAAAGGUGAGAGACAUAAAGAAUUUUCAUGGGUAAUUCCAGUAGUCGGAAUGUUUCACCUUGAGCUUAACAUAGCAAGAAGUUUUCUGUCCUUAAACUGGGAAGUUUUCGUGUCAACCCUAGCAUUUUCACUGGGAUUCAGAUCAGAGAAGGCGCAACAGUACAUGAAAAAAGGCAGUGACCACCACAAAACAUGGCAGUUCCUUGAGCUAGCCUAUCUGGCACUCAGCAAAGAACUUGUCCAUCCCUACGUCAAGACAUGCCUAGAGAGGAAGGAGGAGGCAACAAUUGAGGGAUAUUGGAGAUGGAGCAACAGUGAAGUGAAUGAUCCGAAUUACGUAUAUAUUCAGCAGAUGACGUUCACUUACCUUCAUGCGCUGUUGAUGCUGCGUACAGGAACAAGGAGGAACAAUGUUGAUGCUGUGAAUGCUGCUAAGACUAAACUGUUCCAUCAUGUGUAUUCGGGAAACCAUCCACGCUACCAGGAUAUUUUAUUUCAGGACAUGCGAGAUCAGGUCCAGAUGCCCAAAGAGGUCUUGGAUACCUUGUGUACAAGUUUUACACUGAGCAGGACCGGACGAAGUGGACACUACCAAGGUGGGGAUGCCUGUCUGGAGGAAAUAAAUAAAGAAGGAAAGGCAUGGCUCAAAUUGGGUGGUGGAAUUCCCAAUGAUAUGAGGUGGAGGAGGAUAUUCCGAAACCUAAAAAAACUUGAAAAGCUCAGUGAAGGAACUAAAAGUAUGACUCAUACUGAACCAGAUUCAAGUGAAACAUCAAGUCUUCAGAAACAAAGGCGGCGUGAAGUAGCAAGAAUAAGGGCAACACUUCGAAAGAAUGAAUAUCUAACAACACCUACGCAGCAAAGAACCCUACGAAGCAUGGACGGUUCAACUGAACUCAAUCCUGAGCUAGUAAAUUAUACAGUUACGGCAAAGAGUAUGGCACAGGAUUAUGUAAAUGCAGCUCUUCAUGGUUCUCCUCAAAAGGUGAAAAAAAUAUGUGUCACUGCAAAGGAAAUGGAGGAACGUCAAAAAGUUGACAAUAUGACUGUAUCAGAAAUCCAAGACAUGAUAAGAGCUGAACUUGGCAAACUCCCGUCACAACAAGCAGUGCAAAUGGAAGAUGCAUACCAUAAAACAAUAAGAUCUGGAUCAAAAGCAAAGCACAUUGACUUUUUCAACCAGUUGUUAGAAGCACUUUGUGAUAUCUCAACUGAUGACGAGAAUGAGGAGCAAGUUGAUGUUGAGAAAAAUCAUUAACUAUAAACUACAGAAUGUAUGUGUACUUGUUAUACAAAUAACUUAAAAACAAAGGAUGCAUACCUUUUCUAGGAGUGUUUUCUUUCUUGCACUCAACCGUUUCCGUCUUUGGGUUGGGUCAGUGAUGUACCCCAUGGCACGGGUUGUUUUGUCUGAAAUGUAAAGGAAUGAGAGAUUGUAACUUUCAUCAUUGUCAAUGAGAGAUAAAACCAAUUUAGGCAUUCUGGAUUCUAAUUUUUUUUUUUUACAAAUUUAUAUCAUACCUUCAUCUUCUAACUCGACCUCCUCCACGACCUCUCCAUGGCGCUCUUCAAUUGUGCUGACUGAAUGAAUGAGUGAAAUGGGGAAAUAUAUAUUAACAAAGGAUCAAACUUUUACAUUGGUAAUAUUUACUGAAUGUGGUUACUUAUAUUACUCCUCACUUUCAUGUCCAUUUCCAAUAAUGCCAGGUAUAAAAAAAAAGUAUGAAUAUCUCGGGGAAGAGGGAUGGGGGUACAUGAAAACUGGUUAGUAUGUUAAGACAUGCAUAAAGUUGAUAUCAUUUUGUGGUUUCAUAAUGAAAAUAUUGGCCUUAUAGUUAACAUGCAUUCUAAUUUUGUUCAAGUACUUCUGAUAUCAGUAUUCUGUUUUUGAUUGUGCGAUAUUCUUUACUAUCUACUAACACAUCAAUUGUUUAACAUACCUUCGUCUACCUCGACUGAAGUAUUGUGGACUUCAAGGUUAUCUACACGUAGAGAAACAAAGCAAGAAUUCAUUUCAGAAAUAUCAGGAGAAAUACCAUACAAUGACAAUA